CGAUCCACAGCUUGAGUCUCUCAUCAGUCAGUCAGUCAGUCAGUGAGCGCGGGUCUGUGUUUAUGUGAGUUGAGUUCUAGUACAACAGCAUCAAACCUCAAAACAAACACACACUUGGGAUUUUAAUUAGCGGUCUAAACAUGAAUGCACAUUCAACGGGCAGAGAGGUAUGAUGGUUCAUGACAAGAUGAUGAGUGUUUUUUUUCACAGCCACAGAUAUUCAAAAUGAAGGAGUCAAUACCUGUAGGCAAAGCAUCUUGAAGAGAAAGAGGCCAGUGUGAGUGUGUGACUGUAUGUGUGUGUACGCAUGCGUGUAUGUGGAUGAGAUUUCAUAGGCCAUGUCUGUCCCCACCAAACUAGAGAGGACAGUAUGUGUCCUCCUUCCCACCAAGGAGACAUUGGACAUCACAGUGGGGCUAAAAGCGACGGGUCAAGAUGUGUUUCAUCGUGUCUGUGAGCUUCUCGGGGUUAAAGAGCUGCACUACUUUGGAUUGACUUUAGUCAAAAACAAUGAGCACAUCUUUCUGGACUUGGAAGAGAAACUUUCUCAGUACUUUCCUAAGGAGUGGAAACAGGACUCAGGGAAGGGUUCACAGAGGAGGUCAAUCCCUCCCCUGCUCUGUCUGAAGGUCCAGUAUUAUGUGGAGAAUGGCAGACUCAUCUGUGAGCGUAAAGCGAGAAAACUGUACUACUAUGAUCUGCGAGAACGUGUCCUGCGCUCAGAAUGCCGACAGCAGGAGGAAGUGUAUUUCCAGCUGGCAGGAUACGCCCUACAGGCCGAUCACUCUGACCACCCCUCGGACAGCCACAGUCAGGGACAUCCUGCGUAUUUCCAACCCAAAGAAUACUUUCCACCCUGGAUAAUUGCAAAGCGUGGAAUUGACUACCUGCUGUGUCAUGGGCCCAAGGUUCAUAAAGAGCUGUGGGGGAUGUCUUCGCGUGAUGCUAUUCUGCUCUUUAUCAGAGAAUCCUGCCGUCUGGAGGAUGUCCCAGUCACCUUUUAUCGCCUACAGAAGGACAAGAAAGAAGAAAAAGGUUCAGCGCUCCUUGGACUCACUCUACGAGGAAUGCAAGUGUAUCAGGAGGUGAACAAUAUGCGUGAUCUGCUGUAUGACUUCCCCUGGUUUCAUGUGGGACGACUCACCUUUCUGGGGAAGAAGUUUGAGAUCCAGCCGGAUGGUUUGCCCUCAGCGAGGAAGCUGGUGUACUACACGGGUUCGGCUUUUCGUUCCCGACACCUUUUGCUGCAUUUAAGUUCCUGUCACCGAUUGUACCUCAGUUUGCAACCUGCGCUCAAACACCUGCGGCAGCUUGAGGAGUCAGAGGAGAAGAGGAGGUACCGUGAAUCGUAUAUCAGUGAUGAGCUAGACAUGGAUCAACCGUGCAGCGAGGGCAGUCCUCGUCUGUCGCGACACUCCACCAGCAGCUCUGGCAUUGAGGCGGACACCAGGCAAAACAGCGUCUCUGUAGAGAUGGUUUCUAUGGAGGAGAAGGAAAAGUCCUUCAUCUCUGCUGUCAGUCAUGGCUCCUCACACACCUCUGGCAUCGACACGAGCAGCAAAGCUCGGAUGGAUGAAGAUGAGUGGCAGGAGGAAGAUUUGCAGGAUGUGGUGAAGGAGCCUGGGGAGGUCUCUGUGGACGAUCCUUUGGAUAUCUUACGAUUAGCUGAGCUGCUGGAGGGCGUGUCAGUCGACUGUCCCACCAUCCAAUCAGACACUGAAUUCAAAGGUCUACAAAUGAGUUCAGUUGCAGUCAACAAUCAAGUGGACCAUUGUGAUCCAGACAGCAUGAAACAGGUUUCAAAUCAGAAGUCUCGUCACCCAGCCGACCGCUACAGUCUAAGUCUGGAUGACGUGCGACUGUAUACCCCUCUUCUCCCUCUGGGAACGUCAACGGUUCCAGACACCUCUCUCAGCUACACGUUUGGGCUUCCGCAUUCCCCAACCAGCCUGUGUCCAGACAAUACCUCAUUUUGUGUCCAGCGCUCCUCGAACUGCCUAUCUCUGGACCUGCUGGAUGAUAAUCAGCCGCUUGACCUUGUCCUUUAAGAAACUGAGAAGACUACAGCUUCCUGUUGUCUGAAGCGCUAACAGGACACAUUUUCAUCAGGAAUUUUGUUAAAACAUAACCAACGCUCAGAUGUGUUUCUAUGCUGUUCAACAACAGGACAAUAUGAACAAUUGUGGGUUGUUUUACAGAUUAUACAACAUGUAGAACUUUCUACAGAAUGUUAAUAAAUAAAGUUAGAUGAAUCAGGGAUUACUAUGCUAAAACUGUGUCAGCAAGAGGCUCCGCCCACAGUGAACUUUCAUUGGUUCAAAUCCUGUUCUGCAUGGCUGAACUGUAAAUUAAACAUCAAAAUGAAACAUUUUCACAUUCUUUGUGGCCAGACAAAUUACCUGUUGGUUCACACCUAGUAAGGACAUGGUGUAACAUGUUAUGCUACAAAGUUUGUUUAGGGAAGGAAACGUUGGACCUCUAAAUUUCAUAUUUUCUCUAAAAUGGCUUGAGAAUGUCAAACUUGGAGGAACACUCUCUGAAUUACAUUAUGAAUACAGACAGAAGCUACCAGAAAAUCCACUAAGAAGACAAAAACAUGUCUUGUACUCAUGCAAUAAAAUGGCAAGCGUUCCUUUAAACAAAGACUUUUAACUUGGAGUUCCAGUUAAUGUCUGACAUCUCAGUUACAUUACUAAUGUCAGUACAUCAACUUAUUCAGCCACGUACAAUAGCGCAGUGGUUAAUCAUAUCAAAUAUGAUACAAAAAUUCAUGUUCACUGUCUUUGGAGUCAUUUUUGGUCAUGAAACACACUGAAUAUGCAUCAUCUGUUCUCCUGUUAUAAUUGUGUACAGACAGUACUCUUGUUCCCAAGUUACAAAGCAUGUGUAAAUUUCACUUAAACCUGCAAUCAGGAUUGGAACGAGGUUAAAAGGUCAAACCAAAAUAUUCCAUGUAUGUUUUUUUAAUAAUUUUUUAUGAGAUCUAACCACUGGUUUAAUAUAAUAUGACAUAGUUCUUUACUACAUAAGUAUGUUAAACUGUGAUGAACUUUUAAAAGAACAAAUAAGAACAAAGACUUGUUCGCUCUAUACAAAUCAUGUUUGUUUUGUACAGGAUACAUGGAGCUCUUUUGAUUUCGAUAAUUACAAAACACACAUCAAGCCCUCAGAGGUUGUGUACAUAAUGGUGGGUGUAAUUUCUUUAUCUAUGUAUUGUAAACACACAUCCUAUUAAAAGUAUGCCCAUAUAUGUGUUCCUUUCAGUGAAAGGAAAAACAAUAAGAAUGAAUAGUAUGAAUAAACAUAGCUGGUGUUAAAUUCAGUAGUACAA